AUGUUCGGGCUGUUCAGCCUCUGGAAAACCUUUGACAGCGUGGUCUUCUACCUCACGCUGAUCGUGGGCCUUGGGGGACUGGUAGGUAACGGGCUGGUGCUCUGGAACCUCGGCUUCCACAUCAAGAAGGGCCCCUUCUCUGUCUACCUGCUGCACCUGGCCGCCGCCGACUUCCUGUUCCUCUCCUGCCACAUGGGCUUCUCCGUGGCUCAGGCUGCCCUGGGUGCCCAGGACACACUCUACUUCGUGCUCACCUUCCUGUGGUUCGCGGUGGGGCUCUGGCUGCUGGCGGCCUUCAGCGUGGAGCGCUGCCUCUCCAACCUCUUCCCCACCUGCUACCAGGGCUGCUGGCCCAGACACGCCUCAGCCAUCCUCUGCGCCCUGGUGUGGGCCCUGACCCUGCCGGCCGUGCUGCUGCCCGCCAACGCCUGCGGCCUGCUGCGCAACAGCACGCGCCUCCUGGUCUGCCUGCGCUACCACGUGGCCAGCGUCAUCUGGCUCCUGGUGCUGGCCUGCGUGGCCUGCACGGCUGGCGUGGUCCUCUUUGUCUGGGUGACCUGCUGCUCCACGCGCCCGCGGCCCAGGCUCUACGGCAUCGUCCUGGGUGCGCUGUUCCUGUUCUUCUUCUGUGGCCUGCCCUUGGUCCUCUACUGGAGCCUGCAGCCCCUGCUGAACUUCCUGCUGCACUUCCUGCUGCCCAUGUUUUUACCGCUGGCCACGCUGCUGGCCUGCAUCAACAGCAGCUCCAAGCCCCUCAUCUACUUGGCGUCGGGCCGGCAGCCCGGGAAGCGGGAGCCACUGCGGGUGGUGCUGCGGAGGGCCCUGGGGGAGGGUGCCGAGCUGGGCGCGAGGGGACAGUCCCUGCCCAUGGGCCUCCUAUAA